CUUGAGAAAUUCGACAAAAAGGCUUGAAUUUCUCUUCCUUUCUUAUUAAGUCACAAGAUUUGGGGCUUAGAAUUCUCUCUCUCAACCCAGAAAAUCCCGGAUCUGCUCUGCUCUUCUCCCCUGUCCGCCGGCUGCUAUUAUGAAACUAAUCCAACUUUGUGCAACAACAUCUAUUCAUAGUUCCACUAAGCUUGCGGUCGCAGAGGCUGAUUCACUCAUGAUUGAAAUAGAUAAUGAUGUCCUUGAGAGUGAGGAAUCCAUCGAUGCUGCCACCCACCUUCUUCUUGAGCUAUUGAACGGUAAUCCAUUUGAACUUUGCCAAGUCAUUGAUCAGAAUGAGGCAUUAAAUGCUGCUGAGGUCUUGAGCAAGGCUCCCACAUUGGAUGCAUCAGUGCGUGUGUUUUGGAGCUAUUUCCCUACUGUUUACAAGAACUUUAGCCAACGGUUUAUGAAUGAGGAGAAAGUUGUGUCAAGUGCAUCCGCAGCUAUAGAUCUUGCUCGACAACGUAAAGAAGUAGUAGAGAAGAAAAAGAGCAUUUAUGAAAAGGUGAGAAAUAGCAUUAGCACCCAAAUGAAGCUGCAUCAAGACAACCUAGAUGAGAUUGCCAAACUAGAAGCUCGCCUUGUCGAGUUGAAAAAGACAACAACAAAGGAAGAAGACAACCUCAAAUCCCUUAAAGCCAAGAGAAGCAAAUUACUAGUUAAGCUCAAGGAAGAUGGACGUGAAGCUUUGGCUGCAAAGAGUGAGGCUGCACAACAGGAAGAGAAAGCAAAGGAAACCAACAACACACUGCAGCAAAUGAGAGAUGAGUGGGCCACCUAGAUUUAGAACCUUUGCUAGGUUUUUUUUUUAAAAAAAAACAUCAUUCAUCCUUGUCGUGGCCAUUGAGUCGCUUAAACAUUUAUUUCCAGACUUCUUUUGGUUCUUCCUUCUUCUAAUCAUGAACAAUGAAUUUAUUUGCUUGCU